AUGACUUGUCUCCAUUCUAACUAUAAACAGACCCUCCCACAAGCGCGCCGUCGCUUUCUUUCUAAACUCAUCGCUCCUGAGGACCCCGAGGUAGCAGCCUCUAUCCGUUCUGACCUCUUCAUCGUUCAGAAUCCUUCUUCUCCGGCUCCAAAUAAUCAACCUCUACUCGUGCACCGGAGUGUUGUCGAUGUCCACGAAACUGACGAUGCGGGGUGGCGACGGCCCGCCGAUGCCGGUGGGUCGUCGUCGGCGUUCUCGUCUCCUGCUUCGUCGUCGAAGAAUAAGGGGCGGUUGUCGACGCCCGAUAGGACGAGAGAGAAGGGCAAGGCGUCGACUGCGUCUAGUUCAGUUUCUGGGUCGGCGGGUCGCGAGCAGCAAUUGCGAGAGAGGGAGAGGAGGAGGAGAUGGAGUGGUGCUGAGAGGGAGGAUUAUGGGGUCUCAUCGCCUUGA